AGACGAUAUUAUAUCAUCUCAACAAUGGAACACGAGGGUUCAGCUUUUCUUUUUGGAAUGCCAUCUUCUUCUUCACCCAUACCACCAACAACUGUAGCUCAACCACAAAAUUCUCAUUCUAUAGAAAUGAGUGAAAUACCAUUAGAUCAAAACCACCCAACAAAAAUAUUCCCCAAUGUCCAAUAUUUCAUUGUUAUUAUCAUUCUUAUAAAUACUUUUGUUCUUAUUAUUUCAUUUUUAAUACCAUGUAUUUCACCAUUAAUUAUUGUUACUAAUGGCAUCAAUCUCGUAGUGUUUCCUAAUAUACUCGCAUUAUCUUUGUACGUUUGUUUAGAAAUAUUUAGUGAACGUUACAAAGGUAAGUGUGUCCGACUAAAAUGGCUAGUCAUCAUAAUGAUUGCACCCUUAAUGGUUUUGCUAGGAAUAUGUAUUUUUCCUGCAACAUUAUUAUUAUUCUCAUGCCUAUUGGUAUUAUUUCUAGUCGCUCGUUUACUUCAAUUCAUUAGACACGGCGAGGCGUACGAUAAUAUAACAUUACUUAAGUUUUGCAUCCGUACUUGGAUGUGCAUUCUUUAUCUCUACUCCAUCGCACCCACUAUUGCGGUUAUUCUAGCCGUCUGGAACGCUCCUAGCUUAAAGAAUACGCUUGUUUUUGGCAUCAUGCACUUAGAUUGGCAGGUGAUAACUUGGAAAAUUACUAGCAUGCUUACAUUUGGCAUUACGUUCUCAACCUGUGCCUUCUUCUAUAUACCAAGAAUCCAAUUCGAUCCUGUAGGAAGUUGGAUUAAUGUUCCGGAAGCAGUGCUUGAGAUAGCCGACUGUGUGAACGCUAUCGCGUGCCUUUAUCAAGUGCUUCCAUACAUUCCUGAUACUUUUAAGAAUCUGAAAAUGUAUGGCCUUCAAAUUUCGACAUGGGUUACCAUAUUGGUUAUCAUUGUCAUCAUUAACAACGCAAUUGGAUUAAUUAUACAUGUGUUAGUCUGUUUCUUUAAGAAAAAAUUUCAUGAUAAGAAAAGUAAUAACAAUAAUGCUAAGCCGGAAAAUUAUUCUAUACUAGAAAAUUUCUUGCGCAAGAAAUAUCUAAUGUACUGGGCCAAUGGACUUAAACACUACGCCACUUUUUUAUUAAGUUCGUUAUUGUUUCUGCUUGUUUGGGUGUUGUAUCUCGGGCACGAACUAAACGGAACACCAAAGCCUAAACAUUUUUGGGUAUUUGGAACUCGAACUUGUCUUAGUUUUACAACGUGUGCGAUUUUGUGGUUCAUAAAAAGGUGUAUUUUACUGUCGUGGGAGGCUGAGUCGAUCUAUGAUCGAUUAGAAUCGAAAAUCUUACAAGGAGGGAGGCAUUUGUACUUCCUUGGCAUCUUGGGUCGUCACAAGUACGACAUGUUCAAACUUCUAUAUGAUAGUGAUAUCCCAGAAAGAAAUCACGACAUGAGUUUUUGGAACAAUUUAUCUAAUUAUAUGAAAUACAUGAUUUCGUUGAGUUUGGGAGUUAAUAUGAAUCUGAAUUACGCAAGCUUGAAACAUGACACUGCGGAUGAAUGGAUUAGUGGCAAGUAUUUGUCGAAAGUAAAGAUGAAAAACGCCAAGGAAUACUUGCUAGAUGAUGGAAUUCCUACAACUUUUGGCAUUCAACAAGCAGCUUCUUACUUUUUGAUGGCUCAUAACAAAUUGUUGGAGGAUAAGUAUGCUGAUGUGCUACUUGAAGUGCUCGAGAGUUAUAACCAAGAUGAUAGUCAUGGGAGGGGCAGGAUUACUGAAAAAAUAUUGAAGCAAAUUAUUGGAGAGGACAACUGGAGAGAUUUUCAGCUACUACUCGAUGGAAAUACUCUGGAUUCUUCUGAGGCAAUAUCUUUACAAACAAAAUUUAAAGCAUGGAUGGACAUGGCACACAAAAACUGCUUAUUCCUUGCAAAUACAUUAAAGAGUUCCAGAGAGGUAGUGGACUGUUUGAACAAGAUUAUCAGCGUGUUUAUAAUAUUUACAUCCUUCUUAAUGUGGCUGCUUCUGACUGGACUGGCUACUACAAAAGUACUUGUCCUCAUUGCUACACCAAUAUUAGGGCUAUCAUUCAUAUUUCAAGACACUUGCAAAACUUUGUUUGAAGGUGUCAUGUUCGCUUAUGUUGUUAAUCCUUUCAAUGUCGGAGAUUUAUGCAUACUCGAUGGUACAAUGAUGGAGGUCAAAGCGGUUGGAGUUUGGAGAACAUUGUUUGAUAAAGUGGCUACACAAGAAGAAGUUAUAUACACGAAUUCGGAGUUAAUCACCAAAUCUAUCAUCAACCAUAGGACAGAAUUUGAUUGGAACGAUAAUCUCGAGCUAGACCUUGGUUCUCUCGAUAAGGAAAAAAUCAACCAUGUUAAACAACAACUUGAAAAAUAUAUUGGUGACAAUGAAGAUAAAUUCAUACUCGGUAUUACUUGUAUUGAGGUGUUGACAUGCGGAGAAAAAAUGAGCAUGAAGUUGGUCAUUAAUUUCAAACACAGAGUGAAUGUUCGAAUAAACAGCUACUUUGAAUGCCUCAAGAAAAAGCGUAGCCUACGAUCCGAGUUCGUUUUACAUGCAGAAGACAUUGUCAAUCAAAAGAAAAAUGAAGGAUCAUCAAAUUCCGAUUAAACUUGUUUAUAAGUUCCAAUGGCAAUGCAAGAUGCAGGUUACAAACAUUGCUGGACAAUAUCAGAAGAAAGCUUGAUUUGGCUUGUAGUGAUUUUUGAUUUGGUGGCUUUAAGAAUUAUAUGUAAAUAAUGUGGGAUCAUUUCAUGUUUUUAGAGUUGUUGUUCUUAAAACAUUAUUAUUAUUAUUGCAUAGAAAUUGUCCAA